GCGUUAGUGACGUCAGUACGUCACUGCGUGACCCCUGAAGCGGAAGUGAACACGUGUGUUGGACGGCGCUGUCUCGUGAACGGCAGACUCUUCUUCAGCUCCCGGGUCAGAGAAGAAGAACUCCUCGCGCCGGGUCAGAGCAGAACUCCUCCUCGCGCCGCCAUGGCCGUCAGAACCUCCUUCGAGAAGAACAACGAGAUCGGCUGCUUCGCCAAACUCACCAACACCUACUGCCUGGUGGCCAUAGGGGGCUCCGAGAACUUCUACAGUGUGUUUGAGAGCGAGCUGUCAGAAAGCAUCCCUGUGGUCCACGCCUCCAUCGCCGGGUUGCGGAUCAUCGGGAGGAUGUGUGUGGGGAACCGUCAUGGCCUCCUGCUUCCCAACAGCACCACAGACCAGGAGCUGCAGAACAUCCGGAACAGUCUCCCCGACAGCGUGAGGAUCCAGAGGGUGGAGGAGCGGCUGUCUGCUCUGGGGAACGUCAUCGCCUGUAACGACUACGUGGCUCUGGUUCACCCAGACCUGGACCGGGAGACGGAGGAGAUCCUGGCGGACUCCCUGAAGGUGGAGGUGUUCCGGCAGACGGUGGCGGAGCAGGUCCUGGUCGGCUCCUACUGCGCCUUCAGCAACCAGGGCGGCCUGCUGCACCCCAAGACGUCCAUCGAGGACCAGGACGAGCUGUCCUCGCUGCUGCAGGUCCCCCUGGUGGCCGGGACGGUGAACCGCGGCAGCGAGGUGAUCGCGGCGGGGAUGGUGGUCAACGACUGGUGCGCGUUCUGCGGCCUGGACACCACCAGCACCGAGCUGUCCGUGGUGGAGAGCGUCUUCCGGCUGAGCGACGCCGCGCACUCCUCCGCCAUCGCCACCACCAUGAGGGACUCGCUCAUCGACAGCAUGGCGUAGAACCACCACCUCCAUCCAGCCCCGACACCCCCGUCACCCGACACCUCCCGGGCUCAGAUGAACCUCCUGCUGUGUGUGUGUGUGUGUGUGUGUGUGUGUGU